GGAAGGGCACAACCACCUGAACUGAUGAAGGCUGGAGACUUCGUCUUAGGUGGCAUUUUUACCUUCAGGACUGGGUACAGAGGUAACGUGCCCACCUUUCAAACCCGACCCGAUCCUCCAACAUGCCUGAAUACCAAUAUAAGAGAAUUCAAAUUUGCCCAGACCAUGAUCCUUGCAAUUGAGGAAAUAAAUCAAAAUCCUGCAAUUCUUCCUAACCACACACUGGGCUUCAAGAUAUACAAUUCCUGUGGAAUGACAAACAUCAUAAAGUCUGCUAUAGAUUUAGCUAAUGGGCAGAGGGAGAUCAUAGAUGAGAGGAACUGUACAAAGGCUGACACUGCACAGGCUGUACUAGGCCACUCUGGCUCUGCACCCACAGUGGCAUUUGCUCGGAUUAUAGGACGGUUCCAGAUACCAGUGCUCAGCCACUUUGCAACAUGUGCAUGCCUCAGCAACAGAGAGGAGUUCCCAUCCUUUUUUAGAACUAUUCCCAGUGACCUCCACCAGAGCAGGGCCCUGGCAAAGCUAGUCAAGCACUUUGGCUGGACCUGGGUGGGCGCACUAAGUAACAAAAACGACUACGGUAUCAACGGGAUUGCUGCAUUUAUACAAGCUGCACAAGAAGAGGGGGUGUGCGUAGAGUAUUACCAGGCAUUUGAGCAAACAGGUCCUCUUCGUGAGUUAAGAAAAGUAGUUGAAACUGUGAAGCGUUCCACCUCUAAAGUCAUUGUGGCCUUCAUGUCCCAUAGAGAAGUUAAGGUGCUGGCCACAGAGCUGUACAAACAGAACGUUACAGGGCUGCAGUGGGUCGGCAGUGACGCCUGGAUCACAGAUCACUCUCUGACUGACAGCGAGGGACACAGCAUCCUGGUGGGCUCACUGGGCUUCACUGUCAGCAAAGCUAAGAUCCCGGGGCUGGAGGAGCACCUGAGGCAGCUCAGCCCCUCACAGUUUCCUGACAGUCAGUUUGUCCGAGAUUUCUGGGAAGACGUGUUUGACUGUGCUCUGAAUGACUCUGCAAACACCCAAAGAAAGCCAUGCAGCGGCUCUGAGAGCUUGCAGAAUAUGCAAUCAUAUUUUACAGAUGUUUCUGAGCUACGGUUCACGAAUAACGUAUACAAGUCAGUUUACGCAGUGGCUCAUGCUCUCCACAGCCUGGUCACAUGUGAAGAGGGUAGGGGCCCCUUCUAUAACGGGAGUUGUGCUGAUACUAAACUAAUUCAGCCAUGGCAGGUGCUGCAUUACUUACAGAAUAUCAACUUUUUGACAAGUCAGGGGGAAAGAGUGACUUUUGACCGGAAUGGAGAUCCACCAGCAAGAUAUGAACUCAUAAAUUUACAACAUGUGACCUCAGGGACCAUGCAUGUCUCCACAGUAGGGGUUUUUGAUGCCACUCUGCCUCGUGACCUUCAAUUUAUAAUGAAUGGCUUGAAGAUAGUGUGGGGAGGAGGAAGUCAUACGGUGCCUGUGUCAGUGUGCAGUGAGAGGUGCCCCCCAGGAACACGCAGAGUCCUGCAGAAAGGGAAACCUGUCUGCUGUUAUGACUGUAUGCCCUGUGCAGAAGGAGAAAUAAGCAACAUUACAGACUCUGUGGAGUGCUUCAAAUGUCACAUUGAUUAUUGGUCGAACACCAGAAGAGACGCAUGCAUCUUGAAGGAAAUUGAAUUUUUGUCUUAUGAGGAGAUAAUGGGGAUAGUUUUAACAUUUUUUUGUCUGAUGGGGGUGAUUUUGACAGCUAUGAUAGCAUUGGUGUUCCUUCACUUUCGGGAAACUCCGGUUGUCAGGGCCAACAACUCUGAGCUGAGCUUCCUGCUGCUCUUCUCCUUGACUCUGUGUUUCCUGUGUUCUCUGACCUUCAUCGGCCGGCCCUCUGAGUGGUCCUGCAUGCUGCGCCACACAGCGUUCGGCAUCACCUUUGUCCUCUGUAUCUCUUGUGUUUUGGGGAAAACUUUAGUGGUGUUAAUGGCCUUCAGGGCCACACUUCCAGGAAGUAAUGUGAUGAAAUGGUUUGGGCCUACACAGCAGAGGCUCAGUGUUCUGGGUUUCACUCUUAUACAGGUUGUAAUUUGCAUACUUUGGCUGACAAUAAACCCCCCUUUUCCUUUUAAAAAUACAAACCACUAUAAGGAGAAGAUUAUUUUUGAGUGUGCUCUGGGAUCACCUGUCGGGUUCUGGGCUGUGUUAGGAUACAUAGGACUCCUCGCUGUGUUAAGUUUUCUACUUGCUUUUUUGGCAAGAAAUCUGCCGGAUAAUUUCAAUGAAGCUAAACUCAUCACCUUCAGCAUGCUGAUAUUCUGUGCAGUAUGGCUUGCAUUUAUCCCAGCGUAUGUCAGCUCUCCUGGGAAGUUCACUGUAGCUGUGGAGAUAUUUGCUAUUCUGGCCUCCAGUUUUGGACUGCUUUCCUGUAUUUUCAUCCCCAAAUGUUACAUUAUCUUGCUGAGGCCAGAACAAAAUACCAAGAAGCAUUUAAUGGGCAAAACCAAAGAUAUUCAAUGUUAACUUUACAUUGUUGUGAUUUAUUUUCUUUUUCUUUUUCUUUUGUACUCUAUGUCUAUUAAAGUUCUAAAAUCUGAUUUUUUUUCCCUAUAACGUCAAGUAACUGCUCGUCCUCAAAU